UGAACACACCCUCGACAAACAAUUUUGAAACAACUCAUAUUAAAUAUGACUCAUAUGACUCACAUAUGUAUAAUACACAUAUCGAAGUAGUGACGCCAGGUUUUGACUGACUGUAGCUCGGUUCAAAUUUCGAGCUCUGAUGGCUUCCCGCCGUUGGCGGAAGCCGGAGGAAGAUGUGGCUGUCGGGCGGGGGCGAGGGAGCGCGGGUGGGCAGAAUGGACUGCUGGGUCUUGCUGCGGCCUAUAGCCAGGGAACGAGAGCUGCAUUUAUGGAGCGCUAUAUGGCUGAUUUGAAGCGUUUGGCAGAUCGAAACGACCUCCCAGAAGGAGCCAGGUGGUUUGAUUCCCACUGCCAUUUGGAGAGCAUCCUACAGCGCAGCUGGCGCGGCGGUGGCAAGCCGCAGGUCACAGAGAAUGAACCGCAAGUGAACUUGGAAGAGAUGGUCUCCCUUUGGCCCAAAGGACUUGAUGGCUGUGUCUCCAAUUUUGCCUUCCGGCGAGAAAGUAAGCCUGGAGUCCCCGCAGAAUGGAUCUGGAUCGACCGGCACUUGCAUUUCUUUGAACCCGACAGCCCCAUUGCGGGCAAGCUUUGGUUUACAAUUGGUCUUCAUCCACAUGAUGCUGGAAAUUGGGAUGCUUCUGCAGAGCAAACCGUGCGACGUUUAGCUGCACAUCCCAAAUGCGUAGGCAUUGGAGAGUGUGGACUCGACUUCUUCAAGCAUGAUCGGAGUGAGGCCGAGCUGCAGCUUCGUACCUUCCGAGCCCAAGCCAUGCUGGCGGUGGAGCUCGGCAAGGCCUUGGUGAUUCAUGCACGACUUACCACCCAACAGAACGAGGAGAUGUUCUUGCAGGAGCUGAAGCGGAUUGUUCCUCAAACGCAUCCAAUUCACAUUCACUGCUUCAGCGACUCCCUAGCAUACGCGGAGGAGUUGAUGGCGCAUUGGCAAAACCUGCGAAUUGGUUUCACCGGUGCUAUCACGUUUCGUGAUUCUGAACGUGGAAAGGGUGGAAAGAGCAAGGGGAAAGCGAAAGUGAAGAAGGGAGAGGAACAUUGCAGGGAGCUUGUGCAAGGUUUGCCUUUGCAGCGGCUUCUCAUUGAAACAGAUGGGCCGUAUAUGUGCCCAGAGCCUUUUCGGGGCCAGACUGCACACCCCGGCCACGUUCAUCGCGUUGCUGAACGGAUUGCCGAGUGGAAGAAUGCAACUUGUUUGCACGAAUGGCCUUCCAAAGCAGAGAUGUGGAGAUCAAUCAAACACACUUUUGGUGGACUGACGUGACCAGAGUGCCUGUUCGACUUUGGUGCAGGUGGAACUUGGCGAAGUCAUGGAGGCUACAUGGUUGAGUACUGUGACGGUCUAUGGUUUGAAAUCGUCCAAAGACCCUAAAGGCUCCUAAGUCACCACCGCACCACACAACGUCGCCUGGAACCACAAGCUCCAGCACAAGCUCAGCACAAGCUCAGCUCGAUGGGACCGUUUCAGUGGAAGAACAUCUGGAUUCUGGAUUCACCAGUGAGCCUUUGCUGAUAAGAAGCAGGAGAGCAUGAUGAGGUUUCUGUGACUUGCAACAGUUGCAGCCGUUGCAGCGCUUGCCGCGCUUCCUCUUGCUUCCUGGAAUGUGCAAAAUAGACAGCUUAUGGUAGCUUCGAGGUGAGAAAUUGUGGACUAGAACUUGCUGUUUGGCAACCCGUGUGCAGUGUACAGGAUGUGUGG